CACCUAAUCUUCCAAAUGCCGACUUCCAGCGCCAUGUCAGCUGAGACAAGCGCAGCGCAUGACCGGCAUGAAUGGGGCGAGCGAGGCGUUGAGGCUGCCUGCCGGCUGGGAACUGCUUCGCACAGAUGCCGGGCGGCCGUACUUCUGGAACCGGAAGACGAACCAAACUUCCUGGCAGUCCCCCAUCCCGAUCCAGGCCGAGGCAGAAGAGGCACCGGACACCGGACUUGCCGCGUUUGGGUACCCUUCCAGGCACUUGGACCUGAGGUACGCGCAGGGCGGCGGCUGUUUCCUAGUGGAGCGGAUGCCUGCUGACCACAGCUGCGGGUUUCACGGCCUGGGCGUGGAUCGCCAGACCGCGGCGGCGCUUUUGCUGGACAACUUGCAUGACGCAGAGGUCCAGGAGUUUCUGACCCGGGACUUGCAGGCGGCCCUGCAGACAGGGGAGCGGCGCUCCUUCCCUGCGGCGCUGCGGCGGGAGGAGCAUUUGUGGGGACUGCUGGAGGAGUUGUACUCGCAGCAGCAGGCCUUGGACCACAAACGUCGAGAGGCAAAGGCCCUCAUGGCGGAUGUGGGGGCGUCGCCGGCGGUUCAGGCGCAGGCGCGGCAGGGCAUGGCAGCGGCCAUGAGAGGCUUCUUCAAUGAGCUCAAGGAGAAGGCGGCCAAGCAGUCGGGCUCCAAGCUCACCACGCUGCAGCUCAUGGCGCAAUGCAAGUCGCAGGAGCGGGAGCUGCAGAGGCUGGAGGCCGCUGCCGCGGAGGCGCAACAAAACCUCCGCAGUGGCUGCCGGGCGCACUUGCGCGCGUACGUGUCUUGGGUGGGCUCUGACUUCAGCUUCUGGCUCUCCUUCCUGCGGCCCGGCGGAGGCGACCGGGGCGGGGGGCUCCUGGACGCCAUCGCGAAGGUGGCCGGCCUGACGGUGCGGGUGUGGGCUGAAGAUGCCCAGCGGAGCCUCGCGCUGCUGCACACCGCCCGCUUCGGCGGCCGCGAGGUGGAUCUCUGGUACCAGGGCGACCUCGGGCACUUCGACCGCCUCGUGCCCUUCAAAGGCGAGGCACAUGGGUUGGAUCGCGCCGCGGCGCGCGAGCAAGAAAAGUGCGCCGCGGGGCGAGUCCUGCCCGGAGUUAACCACUACGAGCCCAAGCCAGAGACCUUCACUAGCUUUGGAGACCCCACUGGCUGCUCGCUGAACAUCUUGCAGCUCAAGGGUAGACGAUCUCUCUUCGUGAACGAGGUCGAGGCAGGCGUCAAGCUCCGCUCCGGUAUGCUGAAGGAUUUGCGGGAUCAGACUGCAUUCAUCGAGGCCAGGGGCCUCUACCGGGACCCGAUCCAGUUCAAGCCGCAGUUCAUUCUGAACAUGAGUGCAAACGAGUCAUUCGAGUUCCGGACCAUCGAUGGAGGGAUGCGCCGAUCCUUCACAAGCAUCCCAUGGCCGCUGAAGUUCAUCAUGAACACGAACGAGCCACUUAUUUUCAAGACUGGCGCCUACAUCCCGCUCUCCGGCGUCUCUGCGGAGGUCAGCGUCAGCUUCCAAGGCUCACUGCAGGGGCCCUGCGCCUUCUGGAUCGAGGGCAAGGGCAUCUCUGGUACCAUGAACGUCCUGGACGAGGUGCCUUCUGCGCCCUACGUGUGGAAAGGCGUGCCGGAAGGUUCGCAUCGCAUCCACCUAGUUCUGUUGAAAAGCGGUGAGGAGAAGCCUCAAACGCCGGAGGACCUCGCGCAACGUGUCGUGGAGCGCCGGGAAGCCGUGGACGUGGUGGUGCGCCGCUUCGAAGACUUUGCUCCCAGCUACGACUUCCAGCCUGUGGAAAAUUGGCACAUGCUGCCGCCAGGCCUGGAGAUCUGUGUCGACUUGGAGGGUGGGAAGAAGGCGCGCAUCCCAGAGCCCUGGCAGUGGCACGUGCGGGUGGCCGACCAGGACUUGAGAUCGGCGCCCGGGUCGGAUGGGUUUCUUGGGGGGCCUCAGCAUGCCUCGUCUUAG